AUGUCUAGCUCACCUGCGGCGCGCAGGGAAGAGCUGCAUGAAGAUAUGCAGUUCGGUACGUCUGCACGCUCUCUCACAGCAGACGAAAAUGUUUCUACUGAGCGAGAAUGGCAGCAUGCGCAGGAGGACGAUUUUGACCGACGCGACGCGCGCGAUAAGGACCACGAUCCGGACACGCGCGACGCUCCUCGUGCACGCUCUUCGCACUACAGCAAUGACAGGCCGCGCGAUGGAGGUGCACGCGGUGCGCCGAGACGCCAGGAGCGUCCUGCGCCGUCGCCGUCGCAUAUCCUGGGCGCGUUUGGCCUCAGCAUCCGUACCACGGAGCGCGAGCUCGAGGAGGAAUUCAGCAAGGCUGGUCCCGUCGAGAAGGUGGUCAUUGUGUACGAUGCGCGUACUGGCCGCUCGCGUGGGUUUGGCUUCAUUACCAUGCGCGACGUCGAAUCGGCCACCGAGGCGGUGACGCAGAUCAACAACACCGAGCUUCAGGGGCGCAGGAUCCGUGUAGACUUUUCCAGCACAACGCGUGCACAUGAGCCGACGCCUGGCGAGUACCGGGGCAAUCCUCGCUUUACAGACGAGCGCGAGCGGCCCGCAUUGACAGGCAGCUCGUACCGCGGCGCCGCGUACGAGCGCCGCUCACACGAGCGCGACCAUGCGUAUGGCCGCCACGAUGAGCGGCGCUCGUGGGGUCGCGAGCGUGGGUACGACAAGGAUGACCGCCGCGGCUGGACGCGUGAUCGGCGCGACGACCGCCGGCCCUCGUACGACAGAGAUGAUCGUCGUGGCUGGGCUAGAGAGCGCGGGGACGAGCGUCGUGGAGACGACCGCGACGAUCGCCGCGGUUGGGGACGUGAUGACCGCAGUGCACGCUCGCGCUUCGACGCGCCGGAAUGGCGCCGCAAUGCAAGCCCUACACGCACACGCGACCGCGAAGCGAGCCCAAUCCACGCGCGCGAGCAAAGUCCUCGCCGUGAUGAGGAGCGUUACGAGCGAUUCGACGAUGGCGGCGAGUAA